UCGACCCCUCGGUUUGGAGCGAUCCUCUGGAGUAGUCCUCGUGUCCGGGAAAGCUCCAUGCAUCCGUUGGUUCUCCGAUUCACCAAGCCACACUACCAUCCGUCGGGAUCCCACCGCCUCAGCCUUGAGGCCAGGUGCUCUCUCUCUCUCUCUCUCUCUUUAUAGGAUUGAUUUCCGUGUGAUCGCGAGUCAUGGCUUCUCGAAUUUGGUAUUGAGCACAUCGAUGGCUUUAGGGCGGAACAAGUCUGUUUCGCAGAUCUGCUAUCUUGUUCAUUUGGGAGCAGCCUCUGCAAUGGAAGAUUUGAAAGCAGCACUGAACGAGCAUGUUGAUCUCGCUUCCGAACUCGUCGAGAAGUUCUCCGCCGAACUCCGCAGCGGAUUCGGCCCGGCCGUGGACGACUUUGUGAGUUUCUUCCACGCAAUUGAUUGGAAGGAACCUUGGUUGAUAUGCUUAUUAGCUUUCUACUUUAUUUUGCUGAUCGUAACUAUAUUAUCGAGGAAAAAUGUGAACUUCCAAUUAUGCUUGUCUCUUCUAGCAUUUUCUGGUGUGUAUCUUGCUGAGAAGGUAAAUAGUUUCCUGGGAAGGAACUGGAAGAGCUUUUCAAGCCAGAACUAUUUUGAUCCUCAUGGUCUCUUUAUCUCAGUGCUAUGGUCCAGCCCACUUCUCAUCAUAACGAUCAUAAUUGUGGUAAAUACUCUCUUCACACUUUGCCAUCUCAUGGUGAAAUGGAAAAAAGCACAACUGAGGCAUGAUGCUCGGGUUUCUCGUGGCAAACAGGAAUAGCAUGUGUGUAUUGUUCUAUGUUUUGAGCAAUUCAUACAUUGGUUUUCUUUCCAUAAGCUAGGGAAACCUGUAAUAUUAAGCUGUGUUACACGAUUCAUAGAGAUUUUGAUCAUUUUCUAGUGGCAUCACAGACUCUGAGAACUGGAAUUGAUAAGAGAAGUAGCUUAGAAAUUUGAGAUUUCAAGUGAUAAACUAGAUCCAAAAUUCGUUUAUCAAACUUAACCAGCAGGAAUUCUUCUGGGUUCAA